UUUGACAGAUGAUUUCUUGAUGCUUUCCUCAUGCUUUUGAAUUUUAAACCGGUGUUUAGGUACCUUACCAAUUCCAAUACUACUGAAAUGGCAGAACAAUAUAAGAAACUGCAGCCUUUAAAGUAUUAUAAAGAUUAUUUAGUGCAUAAUAUAAGACCCGAUGGAAGAGAAUUGUUAAAAUAUAGACCUGUUGUUAUAAAUGUCAACUCGAUUCAAACAGCUGAUGGUUCAGCAAUUGCAAAGUUUGGAGGAACUACUGUUGUAUGCGGAAUAAAAGCUGAAUUAUGCACCCCAAAAGCUGAAGGUGCAAAUAAAGGUUUUUUAGUUCCAAACAUUACUUUGCCUGCAUUAUGUUCCUCCAAGUUUCGACCUGGUCCCCCUUGUGAUGAAGCGCAAGUGGCUAGUCAAAUUGUAUGUAAUAUAUUAGAAAAUUCUGAAUAUGUAAAUCUUGAACAACUUUGUAUAGCCUAUGAUAAACUUGCUUGGGUACUAUAUUGUGAUAUGAUAUGUCUGAAUUAUGAUGGAUGUUUGAUAGAUGUUUGUGUUGCUGCACUUAGUGCUGCUUUAAGAACAGUUCAGUUGCCAACUGUAGAAUAUGAUGUUGAUACUGAAUCCACUGUUGUAUAUGAAGAUAAGAAGAAACCAUUGUCACUCGGAAUAAUGCCUGCUGCUCACACAUUUUCAGUAUUUGAUGAUAAAUGGUUAUUGGCAGAUCCCACUGAAGAAGAAGAAUCAUUGAGUACAGCUAUGUUGACCAUUGUGACUACAGGAGAAAUGAUAUCUUUAAUGCACAAGCCAGGUGGCACUCCUAUAAAUCAAGAACUUGUAUCAAUAUGUACAUCGGAAUCUAAAAAACGGGCAGUCUUUAUUAACAAAGCAUCUGAAAAGGCUUUGCAAUCUGUUAAUUUACUCUAAUGUAUUUAUAUUUGUUGAUUAAACAUAAAGCUAAUAAAAAAUAAUUUAAAGGAUAAACAUUUAAAAAAUACCACUUA